AUGGCGAAUCUGACGACCUCUUCUGGCGACGUGUUCAACCGGCCACAGUUUGAAUCGCUGCUGAAAAGGCGAUUUUUCUUCACCGAAGCCUUCGAGGUGUACCGAACCGCACCCAACUACAAGGGAGACAAUCGUGGCCUCUAUGACUAUGGACCGCCCGGCUGUGGUAUGCUGGCCAACAUUGUCAACGAGUGGCGAAAGCACUUUGUUAUCGAAGAGAAUAUGCUCGAGGUUGAUUGCACCGCUAUAACACCAGAGGCAGUCUUGAAAACAAGUGGUCACGUUGAUAGAUUCGCUGAUUGGAUGUGCAGAGACCCUGCCAAGGGCGAAUAUUUGCGCGCCGAUCACCUCGUUCAGUCUGUGCUAGAAACAAGGUUGGCAAAUAGCCGACUAGCUGCCGCUGACCCCCAGAGCAAAAUGGAGAGAUUGGACAAUGCCAAGGUAGAACAGUACCAAGAAAUUCUAGCCAAAAUGGACAACUAUGAUGGGCCUGAACUUGGCAAACUGAUUAGGGAGCUUGAUAUCAGGAACCCCAAUGGUGAUGGCAAGGUUGAAGAACCAACUGCCUUUAAUCUCAUGUUUCGGUCUACUAUCGGUCCAAGUUCAGCUUCGCCUGUAUAUUUCAGGCCCGAGACUGCUCAAGGUCAGUUUCUGAACUUCCGAAAGCUACUAGACUACUGCCAAGGGUCUAUGCCUUUCGCAUCCGCUUGCAUUGGCAAGUCAUAUCGUAAUGAAAUUUCUCCACGGUCGGGCUUACUUCGAGUUCGAGAAUUCUUAAUGGCAGAAAUUGAACAUUUUGUAGAUCCGGAGAGCAAUAAGAGCCACGAACGUUUUAGCGAAAUAGCUGAAAUUGAACUGCCGUUUUUAGAUAAAAAGACGCAACUUUCUGGACAAACGUCCAUCUCAUCGAUACCCAUUGGCAAGCCCUUGAAACGAAACUUGUGGACAACGAAACCCUCGGCUACUUCCUUGCGAGAGUGUACCUAUUCUUGCUCAAGAUUGGCGUGGAUCCGCAAAAACUACGAGCUUCUGACUAGUUAUGGCUGGAUCGAGUGUGUUGGCUGCGCUGACCGGAGCGCAUACGACUUGACCGUUCAUUCUCGGGAGACCGGAACCCCAUUGACGGUCAAGGAAGCCCGCGCCACACCUCUUGAAAUCACAGAAUGGAAAGCAACACUGGAAAAAAGGCUCGUGGGGCCUCGUUUCAAAAAGGAUGCCAAGAAGAUCGAGCUGGCAGUCGGGCAAUUGGAUCAAGAUCAUCUAAGACAAUUAGCCACAGAGCUAGCUGAAAAGCGCGUCGUGACAAUUCCUACAGACGAGCUUGCAAAUGGUGCCAACUCUGUAGAGCUCACGUCUGAUGUUUGCUCCAUCAAACAAACCACUCGCGUGGAGACGACGCGGGAGUACACGCCCAAUGUCAUCGAGCCUUCCUUUGGUAUCGGCCGCAUACUCUACAGUAUUCUUGAGCACGUGUACUGGAGCAGACCGCAGGAUGUUGCUCGAGAGGUGCUCUCGUUGCCUAUCCUCGUCGCGCCUGUCAAAGUUUUGCUUGUACCACUGUCGAAUAACGCCGGCUUUAAGCCCGUAGUCAAGGCCCUUGCCCGUCGGCUGAGAGCCAUGGGCAUUGCGAAUAAUGUAGACUCGUCUAGCGUUUCUAUUGGCAGGCGAUACGCGAGAAAUGACGAACUCGGCACCCCGCUUGGAAUCACGGUGGAUUUCGACACGUUAAAAGACGGGUCCGUUACGUUGCGAGAGCGGGAUUCCAGAGUCCAGGUCCGGGCCUCUCAAGAUGAGAUUGUUGAGGCAAUUAGAGAUCUCGUUGCCGGGGCUGAAACGUGGGACGAAGUGUCUAAGAGGCUACCCAUGUUCACAGGGCAAAGUCAAGAAGACUAA